GUGUGUGUGUGUGUGUGUGUGUGUGUUGGGGUGUAUGUGUGCCAUCCUCUUGGAUGGACCCCCUGAAGUUCAACUUGCAGGCAGUUGUGAGUUUAGUCCCAUUCUACUUCAAAGUACAACGACUACUAUUAAUGACUGACCCAGCUUUCCAGUCGUUCAAUUUAAAUUUUUUUUAAAAAAAUUCUUUUCCUUUUUUAUUUUUAAUUCUUAUGUGCAUGAUUGUUUUGUUUUGCCUUUAUGUUUACGCACCACUGUGUGCAGUGCCUAAAGGUCCAGAAGAGGGUGAUGUAGCCCCUGGAACGGGAGUUACACAUGGUUCUGAGCCUCCAUGUGGAGGCUGAGAACCCAGCCUGAAUCCUCUGCAAGAACAGCAAAUUCUUAACCCCUGAGCUCCGGCAAUAUGCAUUCAGCCCCUGAGCAAUUACUCCAGAACUACAUCUAAUUUAAUAAUAACCUAUUGGGACAAAUGUGGACAUGGAGAUACAUGCUGAAAGGUUAAAAAGGACUUCUAAAGGUCAGAGAGUUUGACAACCACAAGGCUGGGACAAUGGAGUGUUUGGAUUCCAGCCCUGUGCUCUUCCCCCAGCUGAGACAAAGAUCAAGCCUCCAGGGUCCCUAGGCACUCACCUGCCCUGUGGACAAAGCCAGGCCCUUCCGCUCACCAGCCCCUUACAUUCCACCUACUUUGUAUGCUCCAAGCCCCCUUCCUGCCCUACCUACAGCAAUUCACACCUUGAGCAGUAGUGUAUGGUCAACCCUGACUGAGGUGUGCUGUAUAUAAAAGACUUCACAUAAAUGCAGAGAAAUGUGAAAUAGCUCUAGCUGACUCUAUGCUGACUGUGUUUAGAUAAUAUUUUGGGAACAAUCGGACCAGCUUAAAUAUACUAUUAAUAUCUAUUUUAUCUUUCUUUUCAUUUUUAUACAUAUUUCCUCAAAUAUGAGAAACAUCCAAACUUAUUGAUGCUGUGAUGGAAUAUUAGCUCGAAUACCUUUGUGCUUUUCAGCUUCUAAUAGUAGACCACCUGCUCUCUUUGCAUAAAUACAACAUAUCUCUCUUCAGAAUAAGAAAUUCCCCCACACAACCACACUGUCAUUAAGGAAUUUGACCUGGGCUACUAUAGUGCCUCAUCAGGUAAUUCACCUGCUGUUGAGCUGAGGGCCUGAGCCCUCUCCCCAGGACCCACAUGGUUGAUGGAGAGAACCAACUCCACAAAACUGUCCUUUAACUUCCAUAUUCAUGCCAGGAUACCAGCACCGCUGCCCGCCCCCCAUACAUACACAAAUAAUAACCAGAUAACUUGAAGAAAAAAUUAGCCAUCUAUUAGUGAGUUUACUGUCAAUAUUCAAAACACCCAGAUGUCCCAAAAACAUCCCUUUAUAAUUCUGCUCCAUUGUGGCUCCAGCUUAUAAUGGCAACUAGAAAAUUUUAGGUUACACACACGCAAUAUGUGUCUUUCACUGAAUUUUCUUUCUUUUUCUUUUUCUCAUGGCACAUUUCAUGUAGCUCACUCAGGCUGGCCUCUAAGAUACUAUGUAAGCUGGGGGCUGGUCUUGAACUCCUGACUCUACCAUCUCUCUCUAUACCAAGUGCUGAGAUCACAGGCAUGUACUGCCAAGCCUGGUUGUACUUUCUGUUUCUGAUAGACUGCAUUGCUUGAAAGACUCAUAGCUUUGACUUGCAGAUAGACCACAAUCACUUGUGCUCUUUUUGUUCACCUUGGAUGAAGUGAGGUAACCUGGUGGAGCUUGCAAAAUGGAGAUACAGACGGCAGGAUGUGAUAGAGCAGGGUGAAAUAAAUAAACCAUUUAAAGUGCUUCUAUCACUGGGAGAUGUGUAGCCGUGGAUUAAAAAAAAUGCUGGCCGUGACUCUAUUUUUCCUCCCCCACGAAUUUUUUCCAGCCCCCUUUACAAGCCUGUCAUAGGCCUAUAGAGGCAUCGCCGCAGUUGCUUGUGUUGUGCACACCCCAGCUCAAGAGCCUUAUCUGUCCUGUCCACUGACUGUCAGGCCUCGUGCUGGCUGAUACGGCCAAUCUCCCUGGAGACAGGUGGUUGUGUUGCAGAGCUGGGGUGGCAGCAGUCAGGCUCCUCCCUGCCUCCAAAGAAAGAUCUCUUUUAACAGUGGACUGCUGAGAGACUGAACACUCAUCUUUCUGUGAGCAGCUCCAGGCAGGCAUAAAGGGACGGUGAACCCUGAGGCCACGGGACCUGGUCCAGAGAGUAACUUCAGCCUCUCUGGAUGAUGCUGUGAGCUCCUGGGCCUUCCUCUUCUUCUACUUCUUCAUCUCUGCUGUUGGCAGGAGUGUGUGUCUGCUCCUGGGAGAGCAGGCCAAGGUGCCUCUGGUGCUAGAGAUGCAAUUGGGCCUCUUGUUCAAGAGUGUGUGACCAUGUCUGUGCCCCAGCAUGGUGUGCCUGUGGAGUUUACUCUUCCCACCAAGCAGAGAUGGUGACUUCCGGGAAGCAGAAGACCCAGUGUGAUUGACAUGGCCUCAGCUCCUUCUGUGACUAGCCUGGCAGAUGAAGUCAACUGCCCCAUUUGCCAAGGCACCCUAAGGGAGCCAGUCACCAUUGACUGCGGCCACAACUUCUGUCGUGGCUGUCUCACUCGCUACUGUGAGAUCCCAGGCCCAGAAUUGGAGUCCCUUAGCUGCCCGCUCUGCAAAGAGCCUUUCCGCCCGGGGAGCUUCCGGCCCAACUGGCAGCUGGCCAACGUAGUAGAGAACAUCGAACGCCUUCAGCUGGCAUCCACGCAAGGUCCGGAGGUGGAGGAUGCCUGUCCCGAACACAGGGAGAAAGUCUACUUCUUCUGCGAAGAGGAUGAGGCACAGUUGUGUGUGGUGUGCCGUGAAGCCGGGCAGCAUAGGACUCACACUGUGCGCUUCCUGGAAGAUGCAGCAGGUCCCUACAGGGAACAAAUACAAAACUGUCUUAUGUGUCUAAGGAAAGAGAGAACGGAGAUUCAAGAAAUCCAGUCAAGAGAAAACAAAAGGAUACAGGUGCUCCUGACUCAGGUGGCCACCAAGAGACAACAGGUGAUUUCCCAGUUCGCACAUCUGAGUCAGUUCCUAGAGGAACAACAGAGUGUCCUUUUAGCUCAGCUGGAGAGGUUGGAUGGGGACAUCCUGAAGCAACAGGAGGAGUUUGAUUCCCUGGCCACAGGGGAGAUCUGCCGGUUCAGCACCCUGAUCGAGGAGCUGGAGGAGAAGAACAAGCGGCCAGCGAGGGGCCUCCUGACGAAUGGGAAGAACACUCUAAUAAGGUGUGAAACUAGAAAGUGCAGGAAACCCGAGGCUAUAUCCCCAGAGCUGGGCCAGAGGAUCCGGGACUUCACCCAACAGGCCAUCCCUCUGCAGCAGGAGAUGAAGACAUUUCUGGAAAAACUCUGCUUUGAGUUGGACUAUGAGCCAGCCCAGAUUGCUCUAGACCCCCAGACCUCCCACCCCAAGCUCCUCCUGUCUGAAGAUCACCGCAGGGCUCGGUUCUCCUACAAGUGGCAGAAUUCACCGGAUACUCCCCAGCGUUUCGACCGAGCCACCUGUGUCCUGGCUCAACGUGGCUUUACAGGAGGGAGGCACACUUGGGUGGUGAAUGUAGACUUGGCCCACGGGGGCAGCUGCACUGUAGGUGUGGCGAGAGAGGACGUGCAGAGGAAAGGAGAACUGCGGCUGAGGCCAGAGGAAGGGACAUGGGCGGUGAGACUGGCUUGGGGCUUUGUCUCAGCCCUGGGUUCCUUCCCCACAAGGCUGGCCCUAGAGCAGCAACCCCGGAAGGUGCAGGUGUCUCUUGACUAUGAGGUAGGCUGGGUGACCUUUGUCAAUGCUGUCACCCAGGAGCAUAUCUAUACCUUCACUGCCUCCUUCACUCGGGAGAUCUUUCCCUUGUUUGGACUCUGGGGCAGAGGGUCUAGCUUCUCCCUGAGCUGUCAAGAAGGUGCAGUUUCCCUCCUCUGAGUAUGAGACUAGAACCAAGCACCCUGGGGAGUUGACUCUUGGCUGGGUCACCGGGCACAAAAAAAUGACUUUUUUAGACAAUUGGGAUGGCAUGUGUCAGUAAGGGACAAGGUGGUAGGACCUUUAGUCUUGUCAUUGUCCAAGGCUUUCCCCAGUGCCCAUCUGAUGGUCAGGGUAUCUGGGACCAUUAUCACCAAUGGGCACAGACACAGAUAUACAGACAGUGAUGGAUUGUAAGCCUGAAGACCUGGGUUCUGGAAGAAGUCCUGUAAUCAACCCACUGCCUGACUUCAAGCAAAACACUUUACCUCUUCGUUUUGUUUUUUUCCAAAAAUAUUAUUUAAUUUAUUCACAUCUUCAAGAAACAUUUUGGCGGAGUGGAUACGAUCAAAGCACACUGUACACAUGAGUGAACUUCUGAGAGAGUAAAUAAAGACAUUAUUUGAUAGAGGAGCAUCUUCUUUCUUCUGCCAUCAAGUGCCAUUCACCCAGCAUAGCUUCUCACCAUGUCAUCUCACAAGACUUUCAGGACCAGUGUGUGCCUUCCCUUCUGCCACCUCCAUGC